AUGUUCUACAACGCCCUCAUCCGAACCCACCACAUCACCUCCCGCAAAAAGGUGUCUGCGCUGAAACGCGCAGCCGAUAUACACAAUUGCUUCGUGCUUCUGCGCUCCGGUGGUUGUCCAGGGAUAAUGUAUGUCGAGGCGAAAGACCAAUCCGCUGUUGAGUCUUGGGUGACUGUCGUUCGAAAACUUCGGUACAAGGAUUUUCAACUAGCCACGCGACCAGGACCCCUCCACGACGAGAAUGAGACAGACCUUCGUGAUCGGAAGCAGUCACCCCACCAGACAAGAAUGAGGGAUAUAAGGGCCGGUGUGUCGGAGGUAGAGACCGUCAAGGAAUUUGGGGGUUUGAUGGAACAACGGGGUGUCUGGAAAUGGUGGAGAAAGGGGAUGGGAUACGUCUCUUGA